AUGGAAUUAAAUCAACAAUGUGAAAAUAAAGUAAAUGAAUUGCAAACCCAAUUAAAUGAGUUACAAAAAAAUAAUCAAAUUACUAUUCAAGUAAUACAUCAAUUAGAUAUUGAAAGAGAGAACUUAAGUACUAAACAACAAGAACAACAAAAGGAAUUAUUAGAGUGUCGAAAGAUUUAUUUUAAUUACUUAUGUAAAGAAUUUGGAUUAAAAGAAGAAGAUCAUAAUAGAUUUUAUGAGUAUUGUUUAAAACUUCCUCCACAACAAUGGAAACAGUUUGUUAUUGAAAAUAAAUAA